AUGCCAGAUCCAGCCGAAGGACAAGUAUCGAAGACAGCCGCCGGCAUUAAAGGCGGCACUGUGACGGAACGGCCGGUAGCAACGCUCAGCGAUGAGAAGAUCAGUGUGGAUGAGCCGGAUGCCCUGAGAUCCCAGUCUCAUGACGGGGUGCAAUAUGUCAAAGGGCAUCCAGUCAUUCGGGAUGGAAACGAUGUCUCCAACUUCAUCAUAUCGGAUAGAGACGACGGUGAUCCCGCUCUGACCUUCCGGUCUAUCGUCUUGGGCUCCAUCUUUACGGCCUUGUCGAGUGUCAUUACCAUGCUCUAUGUCUUCAAGCCGUACCAAGUCCAGGUAUCUGCCGUCUUCAUACAACUUCUGGUGUUUAUCUUUGGAAAAACAUGGGCUAUGAUCACACCUCGUCCAGAGAACUUCAAAUGGAAAUGGCUCCAAACUACCAUUCGCUUUCUCAAUUUUGGCCAGCACUUCGGCAUCAAAGAGCAUGUGGUGGCAGCUUUGAUCGCAUCUUCCGGUAAUAAUGGCCUGUCGGGAGUCGAGGUAUACGCUGUUGAACGUCUAUUCUACAACAUUAGCGUGAAUGCGACAACCGCGGUCCUGUCGACCUUCUCAAUAUCAUUGUGCGGGUUUGUCCUGGCAGGCUUACUCCGGCCGCUCAUUGUCUAUCCGGCCGAGAUGGUCUACUGGUCCACACUGCCUCAAGUGGUGCUCUAUCAGAAUCUUCACUUUGAGCCCCGAUCCAACAAGUCCCGUCUCAUCAAGUUCGGUUGGGCUCUUACUUUUGCUGCAGUGUGGGAGCUCUUUCCAUCCUACAUAGUGACCUGGUUCGGAGGCAUCUCCAUCUUCUGUCUGGCCUCGAUGAAGGCGCCGAAACACAUCCGGACAGUGUUCACUACAAUAUUUGGAGGAGCCUCGUCCAAUGAGGGAAUGGGUCUGUUGAACUUUUCCCUGGACUGGCAGUACAUCCAGAGCACCUAUCUCUCCUUGCCGUUCAAACAGCAGGUCAACACGUGGAUUGGAUAUGUCAUCUAG